UAUUUAUCAAAAGCUACCUUCAAGGGCAUGGCCUGAUCUGUCGUCGCAUCACCUAUUUUUCCUCAAUCUGGCAGUCGCUGCGCAGUGUACCUUGUUUCAAGAGUUCUUUCGAGUACCUCGGUCCCAAGCUCCGGCAUCAAACGGCGAUUACGGUCGCCUGCCUGCCUGACCUUUGACAGCCUCGAGCAACAAGCUCUCUCCGGUGACAGUUGGGCUCCUAUCGCCCAACCCUAACCGCCAUCAUGCAACUUACUGAGAAUGAGGCCGCAGAAGUGAAGAAGUGGGUUGUGAGGAAGCUGGAAGAUAUUUCGGACGCCGACUCCGACGUACUUGCCGAUUAUGUCCUGGCUCUGAUCAGGACCGAUGCGCCCGAUGAGGAUAUCCGCAAGGCUUCGGUGGAUAACUUGGAGGAUUUCCUUCGUGAACACACCGUGAGCUUUGUCGAUGAACUCUUUGCAACCUUUGCAUCCAAACCACAACCGGCUGCCGGUGCUCAACAACCAUCAGAUGCGCAGAAUCAGUCGCAGGACCCUCAGGCCGCGGCAGCGACUGGGGCUGGCCCUCAAAACCCACCGCAACAGAAUGCGUUCAACCCGCCGAUUGGUCCUUCCAAGGGGCCGUACGGAGCGCCCCAGAUGGGAAAUGCUUUCCCGCAACAAGCGCAGGGUGACAACCAGCACAACUUCAACCGCAAACGUACGUUUCAGGAAGGCUUCCAGAUGGACGUCGACCGUGAAGAUGUCCCGCAGAAUCGCAACUACAAAACCCCCCGCCGAGGACGUGGUGGCGGGAGGGGCGACUGGAUGGGCGGCAGAGAUGGUCGUGCCGGUCCCGGACAACAACAGCAAUCCUCGUUCAACCCGCAAGCCGCAUCAUUCGUCAUGCCUCCGACUUUUCCUCCCUUCGAUCAGAAUGAUCCCAUGGCGACCAUGAUGGCGCUCCAGAGUAUGGGUUUCCCUCAGAUGCCGGGGAUGCCGCCGAUGCCGAUGCCGCCGGUGGGCGCUGGCCAGCAGCCGGGCGAAAUGGUGCCGAAGAGCUCGGAGCGGUGCCCGUUCUACGAGACGCAGGGGAUCUGCUACCUAGGAACUACGUGUCCCUACCAGCAUGAUACUAACGGCGGGGCUUCUAAGACAGACGAAUAUGACCCCAAGUCGUCGAGUAUCGUCACAGACUACCAGAGACGAUCGGAUGGGCCGCCUAUGCGGGGCGGGGACCGAGGCCGUGGUCGUGGCCGUGGCGGCGAUCGAGGUGGAUUUGGCGGCCGAGGACGUCGGUCUGAGUUCUCGUCUGCUGGUCCCAAUGAGGAUACAUCCAUCACGACGAUUGUUGUUGAGCAGAUUCCUGAUGACAAGCUCGAGGAAGCGACGGUCCGGGAGUUCUUUGCACAAUAUGGUGAGAUUGUGGACAUUUCGCUGCAACCGCACCGGCGACUGGCUCUGAUCACCUAUGAGAACCACGCUGGGGCCAAGAGCGCCUGGUCCAGCCCGAAGGUGAUCUUCGAUAACCGGUUCGUCAAGGUCUACUGGCACAAGCCCAAGGGCGACCGGAACGGGGACUCGCGGCCUCACCAUGGUGACUCGGAGGGCCCGGCUUUUAACCGGGAGGAGUUUGAGAAGCAACAAGAAGAAGCGCAGCGCACCUACGAAGAGAAGCUCAAGAAACGGAAGGAGACCGAGGAGGCCAAGCAGGCUCUGGAGCGACAGCGCGACGAACUGCUCAAGAAACAGCAGGAAGAGCGGCAGCGGCUGAUGCAGAAACUCGGCGGCACUGUCAGCGGCAAUGGCGAUGGCCCUGUCGGCAGCGGAGAGGCCUCUCCCGACGGCCGGUCCCCGUCGACGCAACCAGAGCAUGUCAGUGAACAGACCAAACAGCUUCGGGCGCAGCUGGCCGCCCUCGAAGCCGAGGCCAAGAGCCUGGGCCUCGAUCCCAAUGCCGCUCCGGGCUCGGGGUAUCGCGGCCGCGGCCGAGGCGGCUACGGUCGAGGAGGAUAUGCCCCGCGUGGCCGCGGCGGCUACGAUAGCCACUAUCGGGGCGGUGGUGGCUAUCGGGGUCGCGGCGGCCUGGCUGGGCGUGGUGGUGUCCUUCGCCUGGACAACCGACCCAAGCGUGUGGCGGUCUCUGGUGUCGAGUUCGAUUCCGAGAAGGAUGAAGCCCUGAGACAGUUCUUAAUUGGCGUCGGCGAAUACUCCUCCAUCGAACCCAAUCCCGACCAACCGGACUCGCUCAUCGUGGCGUUCAAGGAACGCUAUCAGGCUGAGAAGUUUAUGUUCGGGCCCCGCGACAUCCCCUCGGUCGGCCAGGUCGAGCUCGCCUGGGUGCCCAACCCACCCAUCUAUGUCGCUCAGCCUGCGGCGACUGGGCCGGGGUCCGACACCAACCGGACUGGCUCGGAUGAGGACACAUUGAUGGACACCACGCCGCUGCCUCCCGCGCCGUCCGACCUGGGAUCUGGUCGCAAGGAUGGCGGGCAACAUGAUGUUGAUUACGAUGUGGCGGAGAUGGAUGAUAGCUGGGGAGCGGAGUGAGUUUGUGUUGUGCUGCUUUGAUACGCUUGUCAACUUGAGGUCUGGGUUGGCUUUAGGACAAAAGAAAGAGGAGAAGAUAUUGGGAUUUGUAUUUCAGAUAUCCUACUAUCUUAUGGAGUAAGAAACUAGACUUUAUGUUGGUGCUGCUGGGGGGUUGCCCUGCGCAUCGCUAUGCGAAUUACCUCUUUUCUACU